AAAAAGCAGUUUGCGUACAAGAAAGAAAUCUAGUUAAACGCUAUGAGUUCUUUAAAAUCCUAUGGGAAAGUGCAUGAAGCCGAUCAAAUGCGACUUGACGCUCGCAGGAAAACACGAAAAAGGAUGACUGUUGUAGCAAUAUCAUCUCUUAUUCUUGUUAUUGUCGUAGUUUCAGCUGUUGUUGGAACUACACAGAGCAAAAACCACAGCCAAACGGAUGGUGAUUCACAAUCACCAUCAGCCAUGGUUUCCAUUAAAGCCGUUUGUGACAGUACAUUGUACCCUGAUACCUGUUACAGCUCUAUAGCUCCUCUUGUGAAUUCCACCAAUAUCCAUCUUGAUCAAUUACUCAAACUCUCUUUUCUAGUCGCCAUAGAAGAGCUAUCCAAAGCAUCCACGCUUCCGGAGCUCAAGAACUGCAGCGAACUAUUGGAGCUUGCCAUUGAUCAUCUCAACGAGACACUGUCAACUGAUAUUGAUUUGAAGUCGAUAGGAUCUGUGUUAGAUGAUCUAAUGACGUGGCUAAGUGCUGCUGGAACAUAUCAGCAAACAUGCAUAGACAGUAUUCAAGAAAAUGGUGUAGGCUACCUUAAAAAAUCCACGGAGUUAACCAGCAACAGCCUUGCGAUCACCAAGGGGUUUUCAAACGCCGCAAGUUCGUUCAACCAAAGAAGAAGAUUGAUGAGCAUCGCAGAAGGAAGCGAUGAAAUGCCAGAAUGGUUGUCUGCAAAAGACAGAAAGCUCCUACAGAAGACAAAUUUACCGGCCGGCAUCAAGGCCGAUGUGGUGGUGGCUCAAGACGGCACCGGAAAGUAUAAGAAAAUUUCCGACGCUCUCAUGGCAGUUCCUGAUAAGAGCAAGAAAAGAUUCGUGAUAUACGUGAAGAAGGGCGUUUACUUUGAGAAUGUUAGGGUCGAAAAACCUAAAUGGAAUGUCAUGAUGAUCGGUGAUGGUAAGGAUUCUACGAUUGUGUCAGGAAGAUUAAACGUUGUGGAUGGCACUCCAACCUUUCAGUCGGCAACUUUUGCUGUGUUUGGUAAGGGGUUUAUAGCUCGCGAUAUGGGGUUCCGUAACACUGCUGGAGCAGCCAAGCAUCAGGCUGUAGCACUUAUGUCAACAGCAGACCUGUCAGUAUUCUACCGAUGUCGCAUUGACGCAUUCCAGGAUUCUCUAUACGCACAUUCCAACAGACAAUUUUAUAAAGAAUGCAACAUCUAUGGAACUGUAGACUUCAUCUUUGGCAACUCGGCUGUUGUUCUUCAAAACUGUAACAUACUUCCCAGGAGACCGAUGACUGGUCAGCAAAACACGAUUACAGCUCAAGGCAAGUUUGAUCCUAAUCAAAACACUGGUAUUUCCAUUCACAAGUGCACCAUUUGGCCGUAUGGGAACUUGACCGAUGUUAACACGUACCUCGGUCGUCCAUGGAAGAACCAUUCAACUACAGCUUAUCUUAACAACAUGAUCGGAAGCUUCAUUCAUCCCAAGGGAUGGUUGCCAUGGGUUGGAACAACAGCUCCCGACACAAUAUUCUAUGCAGAGUUUGCUAAUUAUGGUGCAGGUGCAGCGAUCAAGAAUCGAGUCACCUGGAAAGGACUCAAAUUUAUAACCACCAAGCAAGCGGGUAAGUUCACUGUCAAACAUUUUAUCGACGGGGACAAAUGGAUUAAAGCUGCCGGCGUUCCUUACACAUCUGGUCUCUGACUUCUUCAUCAACCUUCUUUUUCCCCGUUCUGAAUUAAUAUAUAUCUUUGUUUCAUCUUUUAAUUAUUACAUUCAUUUUGUAACUGAUCAUCAAAUCUCUUCAUGCAUUGUUUUCACUUUUCAAGGUGUGUUGUAUGAAACACAUAACCAAAAUAUAGUACCUUGAUUUUUCAGUUACUAUCUUAUCACUUUAG